UUUGUUCGCUGAGUAUGAAAAAAAGGUCCAUUCACGACGACUUAGCCUGCAGACUGAAGGCCGUGUGGCAGUAGUGGGAAUGUGGAGCAGUAAUGUAGGCUAGAGCACAGCCAGGGAAUUAAGAAGUACCUGCACCCACCAGUACCUAUCACUCACUGAUCUCACUAGGCUAAUGUGAGGCAAUGUGUGGUGACGGAUGGGGAAUAGACGCAGAGUAGAAGGACAGAGAGGAGUGAGCCAUUUUAAGACAUGAGCUGAGGAGAAUGUCGAGAAAAUGUUAAGUCUUUAACAUGUGAAGAAUGCAGGAGGACAUUGUUCAGGUCAGUGUUGUCACAUAUCAGGAAAAUCUCAUUCAGGCUAAAGGGGUAGCGUCUGGGUACAGCCUGCAGGAGGCAGCACAUGACGUUUAAAUCCCGCUGCAGACAUCCCAUAUUUUUUUUAAGAGAACAUCGACACCAUCAUUGGCUAAAUCACCAAAAGCUCUUGAUUAUUGUUGCCUUUCAAGGUUUACAACCUCAUCAUCACGUGUAUUCCUCAGGAAAAUAUGCUACAUCUCCUGGCCUGGAACAUUUGAGUGUGCUAAUAGAGACCAGGUGUCUGCGGAUACGAUGGGAGAGGUAUGUCCUGAGAAUGAAUCAGAACAGCAAACUAGAGAUUGUACUAGGAAUGGACGCCACCUGGAGAACCCAACCAAGGUCAAGGAGGAGGCAGAUAAGAUUCUCACAUGGGCUCACUCUGAUACACUUUACGAGGAAGCUGGCAAGAAACUUCCGGGAAAUGACGGGAGCUACUGAGUUUGACAUUCUCACAUACAGCCCAUGUGAAAGACUCCAGGAAAAUGUCCGGAAAAGUUCAGUGCACGUCCAAAAGGAUCUGUGGAGGAAGAUUUAUUUUUAAAACAGCAGAGGUUCAGAAACAAAGGUGGAUAAGAAAGAAGCCGACAGAGAGGUGAAGGCGAAAGAGGAAAAUGAGACGGGACAGUCGGGGAACAGCUUGUCAGCCCACCCAACGUUUGUUAACCAGACACGUCUCUGACGUUCACAACAUCCAGACAGGCUGUUGACAUAACAGUUCAGUACGAGGACAGGCGGGUCCGGGGCUCGGCCUAUCAGGUUUACAUAUCACACACAUGCAAACACACGUAGACCUCUUUGCCAUGGCAUCCAGUCAAGAUCUCUUCAUAUAUCCCAUUUUCAUUCCUCCAGCGGCACCACUCGUGCACUCUGUGGUGUCAUGAGAGAGGAUAUUACAGUAAGUAGAGACCCUCCUUUAUCAGCAUAGUCAUCCAGGAGAGUCUCCGAUGCACCGACUCCCCCCCCCCCCAGCCACCUAUACAUGAGUAAUCCCCUGAUCCCUGUCAUCUAAAUCCCAACUCACCAGAGAAUGGAAGAACUAUUUAGAGCGGUACAAAAGAGACGUCUAGCUGCAACUCAAUCUCUCCUCUACAGCUAGUGGGGGGAUGCAUUCAGGGACCCAUCUGUAAAAGACACAGACUGUGAAAUGUACUCCCUCUGCCACAAUCAUAGAAGACUGCCGCAGCACAAAUAAGACGCAGGGGAAUACGCCAAGACAGCGACAGAGAAAGAAGGAAAAAGGGAGAGAAAGAAUUGGAGGAGGGAGGAGUGGGAUAGAGGAAAACAUAGCAGUGGCAGAGGUUGUGGGGAAAGUGAGGGAGAUGAAAAAGAAAGACGUGGUAAUGUGCCCGUCUUCUUUCAUUUGCACAUGUCAUAUUUCAAAAUGGAGAAGCAGACCAGUGGAAGAAGGGAAAGGUAGAGGAGCAGAACAAACUGGAGGAACAUCAAACAGAGAAACAAGACAUAAGGGAGAAAGAGAAACAAGACUCAUCCCCCUCAACUAAAAGCUUCUGAUCUUUAAUUUUUUGGAUGAUGGAUCUUUUGUGGCUUUUAAGUGUGACACUCAUGUCACAGGAUCACAUAUUUUUUUAUGUAGCGUGUCAGUAACACAGUUAGAGGUGAGAAUCCAUUUUCAUUCAGUAAAAUGCAGCAGAUCUCAUUUGUCUCUCUGUGAAAAAUGUAAUUUGUUAAAGUUAUGAAGCCACAUUUCAUACUGUCCAAGGCUGGGUAUCGUUUGAAAAGAUUCUACAAUACAUGACGAUACGAUAUCUGAAGAUCUGGACCACACGUUCCAAAUGAUUCCUCAAAUAACCACUGUUGUUUUCAUCAAGAUCCAUUAAUUGUUCUCUCGGAAAUCCAUGAAAAUGUGGAAAAUAAACGACCCAUCUCACUAUGCUAGAAAAAAACCUGGAUCCUGCUCUUUGUCCGGAUCCAUGCCAACAUUUAAUGGCUUCUUUCUUGGCCCAUUUCCCGUCCUUCCAACGAACAACUGAGCGGUUGGGGGAGGAUGACCGGACCCUGGAGCGCUCCCUCGCCAGCGCAGGCUGCGAGGUCCACUGCUUCGAUCCCGGCCUGAAGCAGCUUCACCUGCAGGAGGCCGACAUGUGGCUCCAUCGGCUCUCGGUGGACUGGAGGGAUCCCAACCCGGCCGUCGUGGCCCAACGGCAGCACGCCAACACGAAGAAACUGGCCACCAUCCUGAAUGACUUCGGGCACAGACAGGUGGACGUGCUCAAGGCGGACAUGGAGAGCGCAGAGUGGAAGAUCUUGGAGAACCUGGUCCUGGAGGGAGUUCUGGACUCGGUCGGUCAGAUGCUGCUGGAGGUUCACCUGCACUGGGCUGGUUUCGAGGUGGGCGGCGACGACCCGUCAGUGGUGCGGUACUGGUUCAGCCUGCUCAAGGAGCUGGAACGCGCCGACUUCCGGCUCUUCCAUGUGCACAGUGACCCGGCCAAGCCACACCUCUUCCUGCACAAGAAUGUCCUCAACGCCAGCAGUGUUUACACGCUGAGCUGGGUGAACACGCGGUGGAGGCCUUGAGCCAGAUCGACCAAAAAAACAAUAAACUGCAGGAACGGCUCCUGGAUAAAAAUUCGAGUGUUUGUGAAACAUAGAAUUUUUCAGUGAGCACGAACUCUAGCUGUUGCACACCUGCUACUAUCUGGCUUGACCUUUGCGUAAAGCUAAAAUCCCUGCUCCCACUUAUCCCCCCCCCGCUCUCCUGCUCCUGGCCUGUAAUGACCUCAGUCGUGUAGAGGGGCAGAGUAAUUGCCUGCAGAGGCGUCUCUGUGUUCUACCUCAUAGUGGCUGUGCUGUUGGCUGCAGGUCAGCCUCUGAGUCACACCCAGCCAUGGCAGUGUGGUCCUAUCUGGAUAUGGCCCAUGGCCAGACGGUCCUGCCUGAUAUGAGACAACCUUUUUGGAUGAUGUAAGUCUUCACAGACCCAAAGGACAGCAGCAGGCAGAACAGUGGAUUAAUUCAGACACUUUAUGUUAACGGAGGAAGGAAGAUGGGCCCUGCUCUGGAGGCAGAAGAUAAGUGUCUGGACACUUCCCUGCAGAUGAACUUGUUAAGACUAUGUCUGGAUCACAGAACAAAACAAUUUUAUGAAUAACUACAUGAUUAAAGUCUCAUGUACACACAGUGUGUGUAUUCGAUAUUUGAUUGAGGAUGCGUGACAGAAUGAAAACAUCCAAUCAAACUCCAAUCCCCAUUUCUUGUUUGCGAAUCAGGGAAAAGAAGUCAGGUGUUUCAAUCCUCUUCUGAAGUUUAAUUGGCCUUUACCAGAAAAUCUAUAAAUAAACUUAGUCAAGAAAUUAAACACUAAACAAAAAUCAUAAACUUACACAAGUUAUGUAACUUGCUAAAUACUUGGAUAUAACUUAAUUAAACGAGGAAACAACAAAUUGCUUGGUUUGUCUUUUUUUACGAUUUUGUGUUAAAAUAUAUUGUUUUAAAAGUUUUGAUAUGCAAGAUGUCAUUAUUAAAAUGUCUAAAAACAACUACGUAAUGUUUUGUCGACUUGUGCAGUUCAUUGUCCCAAAUGCGCCAAUGUUAAAACCCAGAGAAAUCCUCCAUUUUAUUCAAGGUAACUGGACAUUUGAUUUUUGUCAUGUUUUUACUGUUUCAUAUAUGAUCUUGAUUAUUUAUUGCCACCUGCAGCACGACG